UGUCACAGUUUACUUUAUUUUGCUAUCCUCACUUACAUAAAUGAACUAUAGUGUCCUGCACCCACUAGUAAAAAUAUAUAAAAAAUGUCUGAAUAAUUUUUGGUUUGACUGUUUGUAUAUUCAGUUAACUGAGGACCCCUAGUGGGGGUCGAGAAGCACUGCGGUAACGCUUUCCUCCAGCAGGGGUCAGUAGACAUCACACUUAACUGUUCCUAGUUCAGGAGGAAGAUCGCAGCGACCUUUUUCCUCACGUUAAUUCAUGAUGGCGGCCGCGUUGAGAGGGAGCCUAGUAACAUUGGCCAAGGGUCUGAGUGGUGCUCGGUUGCAGCCGUUGUGUGCCCGUUCCCUGGGUUUGUCCUCCAGUCAGAAUGUUUCUGAGAGUCCCCCGGCGCGUGCGGACAGCACCUUCAAGGUCACCAUGGUCCCUGGAGAUGGAGUUGGACCUGAGCUGAUGACUGCUGUCAAAGAGGUUUUCAAGGCAGGUGAUGUUCCUGUGGAGUUUGAAGAGUUUCAUCUGAGCGAGGUGCAGAACAUGGCCAGUGAGGAGAAACUGGACGAAGUGCUGACCUCCAUGAAGAACAACAGAGUUGCCAUCAAAGGAAAGAUUCACACUCCUAUGGAGUACAAGGGUGAACUGGCAUCAUAUGAGAUGAGAUUGAGGAGAAAGCUGGACCUGUUUGCCAAUGUGGUUCAUGUGAACAGCCUGCCUGGUUACAUCACCCGCCACAAUAACCUGGAUCUGGUCAUCAUACGAGAGCAGACGGAGGGAGAAUACAGCUCUCUGGAGCAUGAGAGCGUUUCAGGAGUGGUUGAGUGCUUAAAGAUCAUCACCAGGGAGAAAUCUCGGCGCAUCGCUAAAUUUGCAUUUGACUAUGCCACCAAGAAGGGCCGCAGCAAAGUGACCGCUGUCCACAAGGCAAACAUUAUGAAGCUUGCGGAUGGUCUCUUCCUGCAGAGUUGUGCGGAGGUGGCUGAACUUUACCCCAAGAUUAAAUACGAAAACAUCAUCAUUGAUAACUGCUGCAUGCAGCUGGUACAGAAUCCAUAUCAGUUCGAUGUGCUAGUGAUGCCUAAUCUCUACGGCAACAUCAUCGAUAACCUGGCGGCAGGGCUGGUGGGUGGAGCCGGCGUAGUUCCAGGCGAGAGUUACAGCGCAGAAUAUGCUGUGUUUGAAACGGGUGCCAGACAUCCCUUUGCUCAGGCUGUCGGCAGGAAUAUCGCAAACCCCACCGCUAUGCUCCUCAGUGCAUCGAACAUGCUGAGACACCUCAACCUUGAGUAUCAUUCAAACAUGGUGUCUGAGGCUGUCAAGAAAGUCAUUAAGCAGGGCAAGGUGAGGACGCGAGAUCUAGGGGGUUACAGCACCACUGGUGACUUUGUUCGUGCGGUUGUGGCCAACCUGCGCCAUCGGGCUGUUUGAAGAUGCUUGCCAAACCCAAUGUCUAUCCCGGAUCCCCCUAUAUUUGCCACUUCUGAUCUGAAUAUGUUCAAAGACGAUUAAAGCAGUCCUAUGACAUCCUAAAUUUUCAUUUCCCUUUUCCCAUCUCACUUUCAUUCUUUUUUUCCUCCUCUCUGGCUGGUUACUAAUUUCUCUUUUUUGUUUAAUUUUUUGUUGUUGUUGUUUUUUUAGUCCCUUAAUGUAUCCAUGUACAUUUAUUUUCAUUUCUGUUUUUCACAGUAUGCAUCUUUAACCAGAAUUACACUUCCGUUUAAAAGUUUGAUGUCAAUAAUAUUAAAUAAUAAAGAUAUUUUAAAAUGAUUCUGAAAGAAGUCUCUUAUGCUCACCAAGAGUGCAUUUAUUUGAUCCUAAAAAAACCCAGUAAAGCCAGUUUAUUUUAAUAUAUUUUAAAAUGUAAUUUAUUUCUAUGAUGGCAAAGCUGAAUGUCACAUGAUCCUUCAGAAACCAUACUCUUUGAUGAAUAGUAAGUUCAAAAGAACAGCAUUUAUUUGAAAUGGAAAUCUUUUGUUACAUUAUGAAUGUCUUUACUGUUGCUUUUGAUCAAAGUAUUAACCCAAAAAAAAAAUCUUGUUGACCCCAAACUUUUGAACUAUAGUGCAUAUGUGACUACAUGUUCACUCCUGUUUUAAGUUUUAAUUGAAAUUUUAGUUGUUCAUCAUAUGCUGUACGUACCCUGCAGUUUCUGCAUUGCUCAGUCUUUUUCCUGCUUUUAUAUCAUCUGUUUGGGGCUGGUCCUCGUUGAAUUGCCUUUGUGGUUCCAGGACCUCAGUGAAUUUGAUUAUCAACAAGUUUUCAAAGGCCAUUUGGCAUAUUGAGGCGGAAGUUUCAGCAGUGUGAUGAUUUUUCCCCUCUCACUGUUACUAAUAUAAACAUCACUAAUCAAAUCUGCUGCCGUCAUAAGUCAGAUGGGCAAUUACUGGUUUCAUUUCAUGAUGCAAAUGUUCUGGACAGGAAGUCUGGUCGGUGCCAUUGCUGACUAACUGUGAAAAUGAUGGCUGGCUGAUAACAAAAGCAAAUGAAAUUACUGCCUCUCAGGCAUUUUUAAACUUACCUCAGUAAUUAUGGUACUGAUGUCUUCAUUUGUUUCUAAACUCAGUAUCAAUCUUACCAUGUUAGGGAAGGUGGAAACCAUACAUUUCAAUUUAACAAAUUUCUCAAGGUUUUUUCAUGCCAUUGAAUAACUGACCACUGCUUUGUCAAAUGUAUUAUGUAAAAAAAAUAAAUAUGUAAAACCAAAAUGA